CCCGACACAAUCUCUCCUCCCUCACAUCAACUCAUCAAGCACAAAUUAUCAUGCAUUUCAUCAACAUUCUCGCCGUCUUCCUCUCAGCCACCGUCCUCAAGGCCGGCGCCGCUCCCGUCAUCGAAGACACGGCCGCCCUCGAGGCCGCUUUCGCCGCGCCCAACGCCAACAUCACCGAGCUCCUCUGUAUCCACGGCCACACCGUCCUUGCCGGUGUCCCUCUCCCGACCAGCGCCUACGACAAAGUCUUCUCUGCUGGCAGCGUCGAGUGCAAGACCUCGUGGACGUCUCCGACCUACACCGAAAUCGUCGCCGC